AUGGCGUCGACUGUCCGCACAGUAGAAGGCGCCGGUGGACUGCGCAUUGAAAAUAAUCUGCUGGCAGCGACGGAUGGUGUGGUGAAUAGCGAUGCGGACUUCGAGUUUGGACGACUAGGCUGGGUUGAUGGCUCGGAUCCUCGAGGCGUUGCCGUUUUUGCAUUUUAUGCUGCCACCUCCAGAUUGCCUCCAUAUUGCUCCAGGGCCAAAACAAUGAGCCAGAGUGCUGGAGCAGACGGCUAG